AUGAGCAAGACUACACAUAAGCCGUAUCAACGGACGAGGGCAGGUUGCUUGCCCUGUCGUAGGCGUAGGAAGAAGUGUGAUCAAAGCACACCCUUGUGUCUUGGUUGUCGCCGCAAUCACUUGAUUUGCACCUGGCCAUCAGCUGGUCCUGAGCUCGCCAAUACUUUAGGUCAUUCUGGAAGCACACAAGAUGGUAACCCGAGCCUGACUCACUUCUGCAACGGCGGUGAUAAUGUUCAACGGUCAAUCGAUUUCAAGAGGCUAUUGAGGCAACCCUCGCCUCUACCUCCGCUGUUUCGGCGUCAACCCGCAGGGGACUUGCUAGAGUACUUCAAGCUGAUGACAGCUCCGCGGAUGGUAUGCAGAAGUAACAUUGAGAAUCCAUUCAUCACGUACCAUCUCCGGUUGGCUACUUUGAGCACUUCACUCCAGCAUGCAAUACUCGCUAUUGGAGCUUGCCACCGCGCCUAUAUAAGCCCAGACUUCUCCAUACUGGCCUAUGAUCACUACGCCGUUGCUGUGCGCAGUCUGAAGUUUGGCAUCACGGAAUGGCACGCGUGCAGUGCUGCUAACCGUGCUGCCCUUGCUGCAAGCUGCCUUGCCUUGUGUUGGUAUGAGAUCAUUCAUGCUAAUAUACGAGGUGCUCUGUAUCAUCACUUGCGAGCGGGCGGGUACAUGAUUAGAGACCUGCAGGAUGAUUCCAAGUUCCACCAAGACGAGCUUCUUGGCUUCUUCAUCGAGCAAUACUCAUAUCUUGCUAUCUUGGCCAAUAUUGACCCCAGCGAUCGUUUGAAAAGCCAGUUGGUGGAUCCCCACACUCUCACUGAAUCACUCACGCAUCUGCAUCCUCGCAGUCCCAUUUACGGAUUCCUUCUCGGCGCUUCACGCGAUCUUUUUGCUUUAAUAUUGCGUACUACAUCCGUCGCCACGCAACGUGGUAAUUUCGGGCCAAUUGACGCGAAUCAUUAUGACAUCAUCAUGGAGAUGAUAUCUCGCUGGGCUGCUACCAGUGUCAGUCACGACUUGACAAAUCAACAUUCUGGACGCAUGUAUCAGGCUGCGUCCAUAAUAUAUCUCCAUGUCUCGAAGCACGGUUUGCAAGACGUUACAGAAAACUUGAAAGAAACAAUAAACCCUUUCAUCAACUUGUUUCUCCAAAGCUUUCAGCAACUGCCAUUUGAUUCGCCACAAUGGACGACGUUUAUGUGGCCUAGUCUAGUGGCUGGCUCAUGUAUGCGCGAUCCCAGCCACCGAAAGGCCCUUUUAAAACUCUUCCAUGACUCCAGUCUUCAAAUGGAAGCUGUUGACAGCACGGCCCGUUGGUUGUCUCAACAUUGGGCGAAUAUGGAUCGGAACCCGGCUGUCUACGGUAUCCGCGGAUUAUGUGAAACCCUGAGUUUAGAAAACGUCUUGCUAUGCAUUGGGUAG